UGUUUUUGCUAAAAGUUAUGGCCGUUUUACAAUUGCCAAAAUUGUGCAGAAGCAAUAAACACCUAAUAAGCUGCUGCCGGGUCUCUUGGUAUUCACACACGAAUAAAACCGCUCACGUUCAGGCGCAAGUGCAAGCGUAGAACAAUUUUCAAACUCGCUUUACUGCUCAGUCCCGCGGCCAGAACAGCACACACCAGAUUCACAAAAUGGGACGCACACAACGUCGUCGUCAUCACCGUUCACUUCUUAAAGCAACCAUAAAAUCGGUGGAAUCAGACGCACUGCACACACUCUACUCAAAACUGCACUCACAAGGUUGGCGCAACGACACCCAGCUCUCGGGAUGCCAUUUUCCCGCAACUGGUCGUGGACUGUGUUCCAAGAAGCAGCAUUUUGUUCCAGGCGACAGGUUAAUAACCAUGCCUGUUGAAUGCCUUAUAAGCAUAUUCACAUUAGAGUCGGACGAGAGCUUUAAAGCGCUUUUUAAUGUGGAGCACUUUGACGAGGAUGCACGGAUUUCAUUUCAAGCACUCGUGGCUUGCUAUCUAAUGUACCAACAGCACGAGUCGUCAGAAAAAGCUGACACUAACUCUGCCGCCUACCUGAAUACGUUGCCCGCAAACUACACCACGCCAUAUUUUUGUACUAUUCCUGAGCUGCAGCUCCUGCCGGAAGCUUUGUUGGAACGCACAGUCGCGCAGAAUCGGACGAUACGAAAUUACUACUUGAUUUUGGAGACAUUGCUUGGCUCAAAACAUUGCCCAAACUGUAAUCAAUGUUACUUCUCAGACAUUUGGACCCUUACGGAUUUUAGGCGUGCAUAUUUUGCAGUAAACACUCGUAGCGUUUACGUAGAAUCACGACAUCUGAAGCCAACGAAAUGCCAUUUUCAGGCAUUAAUUGCAGGCGACACAAAUCUUGCCUUGGCACCGUUCCUAGAUCUUUUCAACCACUCAGAUGCUGUAGAAACAUCAGCUGAGCUGAAGCGUACAUCAGAUGGAAAGUCUUGGGAAUUUGUGCUUACACUUGUCAGUGCACCAAGCGAUAGCAUCAAGCCAUAUUGUGAACUAUUUAUUAGUUACGGCGCGUUACCAAAUCUCAAGCUGCUUACCGAAUAUGGCUUCUUUUUGGAACGUAAUGCCCAUGAUUAUUUCGAAUUUUCACUGCUGGAUAUUGAGCAUCUGAUCAAGCAUAACAAAGAGCUCAACACGCAAAAUUAUCAUCGCAACAUUUUUAAAUUUAUCAGGGACCAUAAUCUAUGCGACCAGAUGUUUGUGAACCUUGCCGAUGGCUGCUCCCACAAUUUGCGUGUUGUGCUGCAUUUAAUAUUCAAGCAGCAGUCGUAUUUUCCGAAUGUGCUGAAUCAAAUUGCCUUUGGAGAUGCUAACAAAUUUGAUGAUGUCCAGCCAGAGCUUAGCUAUUUGAUCACCUACAAAUUGCAUGAGUAUGAGCAUUACACGGCUGCUCUGGCGCAGCUGCCCGAGCUGAGUGACAGUGGGAUUGUGGCGCGCUCCUAUCUGCUGGAAUGCAUGCGUUAUCUUUCCGACUUUGAGGCGGCGCAUUGCGAUCUUAAGUUGACGGAUUUUGAAUAAAGUACAAUCAUUUCUAUAAA